GCCUUCAGCUUACUUAUGUUUUUGAGUUGGUUUGGUUGUUCCCACCUCUCCUGCCCCCCCCCACAGGUGCGCAUGCGUGAUGACGCCAUGCCCCUGGCACACGUAGCCAUCGCCGUGGAGGGGGCCAGCGCCACCAGUCCUGACCUCGUGCCCCUCAUGCUGGCCAAUGCCAUCGUCGGGAGCUACGACGUGACCUACGGCGGUGGGAAGAACCUCAGCAGCCGGCUGGCACGCGCCGCCGUGGAGGACAAGCUGUGCCAGCGGUACCACGCCUUCCACACCUCCUAUGCCGACACUGGUCUGCUGGGUGUAUACUUCGUCUCCGAUAAGCACCACGUCGAUGACAUGAUGUUCAUGGUGCAGAACACCUGGAUGAACCUUUGCACCACCGUGACGGAGAGCGACGUGGCCAGGGCCAAGAGUGUGGUGAAGGCCACACUGCUGGACCAGCUGGACGGAACGACGCCAGCGUGUGAGGACAUCGGGCGGCAGGUCCUGAUACACGGCCGGCGUGUUCCCCUGGCGGAGUGGGACGCCAAGAUCGACGUGAGUGUCUCCUGAGCCUCGUCUCUUACGUUAACGUAAGACGCAU